UAUCAAACUUCGCUAAUGGCUUGCAUCGGCUUACUUGAAGCAUCCAUUGCUCUUUUUUGCUUCCUAAUUUUCUAUUUAUUCCUCAUCCAGAAACAUUAUUGUUACAUGCUCAUCAAGAAAUACCUUCAAAGCUAUCCUUGGAACUGGCCUGUUCUUGGGAUGCUUCCAGCUGUGCUCAUGAGGUUCAACCGGAUCGAUGAUGCCAUCUAUAUCAUUGAGAAGACCAACCUGACAUUUGUAUUCAAGGGUCCAUGGUUCGCUAGAAUGGAUGCGCUAAUCACCGUUGAUCCAGCUAAUAUACAUCAUAUAUUGACCUCAAAUUUCUCCAACUACGUCAAAGGACCUGAGUUGAAAGAGAUAUUGGAUGUCUAUGGAGAUGCCAUAUUCAACACCGAUGGAGAGCUAUGGAAGAAUCUAAGAAUGUCUUUUCAGGCCAUCCUCAAUCGUCAAGGUUUUCAAAACAUGUCAUUUAGUGUCACAACAAGCAAACUCCAGGACGUGCUUCUUCCUCUUUUCAGUCGCUUUUCAGAAGAAGGGACAGUGGUGGACUUGCAGGAUGUGUUCCGGAGAUUCAUGUUCGAUACAUCCCUAGUUACCAUUACCGGGUCUGAUCCUCACUCUCUCUCCAUUGAAAUGCCAGAGGUUGAGUUCGCAGAAGCCUUCGAUAAUGCUGGGGAAGCCAUUUUGUUUAGGCAUGUCAUACCAAGGUUCUUGUGGAAGUUUCAAAACAUGAUGAGAUUGGGUCAAGAGAAGAAGUUGAUAGAAGCCAGUGCAACUUUUGAUCGAAUCUGCGCGAAAUACAUUGAUGCAAAGAGAGAAGAGAUAAGAUCACAAGGGAUUAAUCAUGAUCAUUCCAAUGGAGAAAGUGAAGAUGUUUUAACAUCUUACACAAAGCUAGAUACAAGCAAGUACGAGAUCUUGGAUCCAAGCGAUGAUAAGUUCAUUGGAGAAACCCUUUUAUCUUUCAUUUUCGCAGGGAGAGAUACCACUGCCACUUCUCUCACUUGGUUUUUCGGACUCCUCACCAAAAACCCUAACGUGGAAGCCAAGAUUCGCCAAGAAAUCACCAAAAAUCUACCGGAAGCUAGUCAAGAGAGGUCAUGGUCGGCUAGUGAUCACAAAGAGUAUUUGAACAAGUUGGUGUAUCUACAUGCAGCACUGUAUGAAGCAAUGAGGCUCUAUCCACCAAUUCCGUUCGAGCGCAAGUCUCCGAUAAAAUCAGAUGUACUUCCAAGUGGGCACAAAAUCGAUGCAAACUCUAACAUUAUCAUCCCUAUCUAUGCAUUAGGGAGAAUGAGAUCCGUAUGGGGAGAAGACGCGUGGGAGUUCAAGCCAGAGAGAUGGAUUUCAGAGACUGGAGGGUUGAGACAUGAGCCUUCUUCCAAGUUCUUAGCAUUUAACUCCGGUCCAAGAACUUGUCCUGGUAAGAAUUUAGCUAUGAUGACAAUGAAGACCGUAGUAGUGGAUAUAUUACAAAGCUAUGACAUUAAGCUCGUCAAAGGACAUAAGAUUGAACCAAAGCCUCGUCUUGCUCUGCAAAUGAAACAUGGGCUUAGAAUCACUCUUACUAAGAGAUGUUCGGCUUGA